AUGAAGGCAUUGGUAGCUAUAUUGUUGUGCGCAGCGACAUGCGUGUCUGGCAGCGCAGUCUCGUGGCCCGGGGCGGCAGUGGCGUACUCAACUCCACUGGUGAAUACUCUGGUCCAACCAGCUACUACAAAGGGCUUCGCGUACUCUACAACACAAUAUAUUAACGCAUUACCAGCACACUAUUCGUAUGGAAUACGACCACAAUAUGCGUAUCAAAUUCCGCAGGUGACAGCUUUUUCACCUUUGCCUGGCCAGCCAGCAUUAUACCCAGUAGCGAGUGCUUCGUAUAUUCCAGCAGGCAGUCUCAUUUAUCCUCAAUUACAACCAGCCACUCCCAGUCAACCUGGAUCGCCUAUACAAGGUGCUCCAAGCACUCCAGCUCAGCCAAGUAAUCCGGCUGCCAUUUCCUCAGAGCAACAAGCAGGAGACACGGAUACAACUGUUAUAGAGUCGGCAGAAUUCGCAUCUCGGCAACAACAAGAUCAGCAACAAACAUCUGGUUCUGAGAGUUCUGGACAAACACAAUCAUCGGAGAACGCACCGUCUUAUGCAGCAAACCAACAAAAAACUCAAUUUACUUCGUUAACUCAAAUUCCUCAGUCAUUUGGGUUCCCACAGUUCCCACAACAGUCACAGCUUCCACAGCCUCCCCAAUUGCCAUCAAUCCCACAGCUUCCUCCCUGGCAGGGAGGUCCGUCUUUACCUCAGAUACCGCAACUUCCAUCGAUUCCAAAGUUCCCUCCCUUACAGGGCAGUCCAUCUUUGCCUCAGAUUCCGCAAAUUCCAUCGAUUCCCCAGUUACCUCCCUCACAGGGAGGUCCAUCUUUGCCUCAGAUCCCGCAACUUCCAUCGAUUCCACAGUUCCCUCCUUCACAGGGAGGUGCCUCUUCACCACAGUUCCCACAAUUCCCAUCAAUCAUCCCAAAUUUUCCAUCAGCAGAUAAUUCUAACAAAGGUCUAAAUGAUGAAGAUGCAGUUACAGUGGAGUCCGCCUAA